AUGCAGCCUCGUCUCCAACGACACAUCCACUGGACCAGGGUCGCCGCAAGCUGCAAUCGCCCUCUGUUUUCGCAGACACUCCAAUUCUCUACACCCAUACACGUUUUCCCUACGGGUGCUGCCGCUGCUGCUUCAUUUUAUAAUCCAGCGUGUGCUCACGACCGCCUGUGCGCCGAUUGUCUCGGAAUGGGCAUUCAAUUGUCAACAAUACAGACGCCUCAAUUCAAUGUUUUGUUUGCUGAGGAUCUUCCGGACUACAGACUAAAUGAGAGUCUGGGUGAAGCACAUUUUCUGCGUUCCUAUACCGCUUACAACAAACAGAAGCAGCUGGUUGUCGUAAAGUCGUUUGUCAACAAGCUCCAAGACUUUUCCAUCACGCCUAUAUGUCGAAGAUUAAAGAGCGAGCAAGACCAACUCAAUGGACUUCCCAACGUGUUGCCGUACACGGAAGUCGCCGAGACCAGCAGGGCUGCUUACAUUAUGCGACCAUACAUUGCCACUAGCUUGUAUGACCGUAUUUCAACGCGUCCGUUUCUUGAACUGACGGAAAAAAAGUGGAUCAUGUAUCAACUCCUACGUGGUCUUAACGAUUGCCACGAACGAAACAUCUUUCACGGUGAUAUCAAGACUGAAAACGUCCUUGUUACCUCCUGGGACUGGGCUUACUUGUCAGACUUUAGUAGCUUUAAACCCACCUAUCUUCCCGAAGACAAUCCCGCCGACUACAAUUACUUCUUUGAUGCCUCUUCUCGGCGCGUUUGUUACAUCGCUCCUGAACGAUUUGUUCCUGCAAACGAGUUGCGUGAAACGCGACUGAAUGCCGCUAUGGACAUAUUCAGUUUGGGCUGCGUUUUCGGUGAAAUACUGCUGGAAGGAACGCCUGUAUUCACACUGUCGCAGUUGUUCGACUAUAAAACUGAGGCCAGUUAUCAUCCACAAAAGUUAUUGUCUCGGAUUGAGAAUAAGGACAUGCAGGAUCUCAUCUUACACAUGCUGCAGCUUGAUCCUGCGAAACGUCUCUCAGCCAAGGACUAUCUCGUAAAAUUCGAACAAACUGUGUUCCCUGAACUCUUUUCUUCCAUACUGUAUCCCUAUUUUACUCGAGUUCUGGAACCGGAGUCUGUGGUAUGCCAGAUCAAUCAAACUGUAAACUACAUCGACAUUUGGACGAAACGUCUUAACACAUUGUUGCAUGAUAUUCAAGCAGGAUCUUUGGAUGAUUACGCAUCAGACGACCUUCCAGCUGGAAUGGAAGACGCUUUUGCAGCAACCUUGUACAGAGAUGGUUCGACGCGAUCCGGGCAAACGGAUGCGCAAUUGCUAAACAGUUGUCAACGGUUCAUAACGAAUCUCUCCAAUACACUAAACAAAGAGGGGAAAGAAAAUGCUAAAGUCUACAACAUGGAGGACGCUUUUCAUUUUGCAACGGUCUUGCUUCCCUUUUUACUUAGUUUUAUUCGAAUUAGCAACAAUAGACGAACUCGGAAAAAGGUGCUGCUGUUGGCUGUUGAUUUGGCAAAAUACGUUCCUGAUGAGUUAAAACUUGACGCAGUGCUUCCUUUCAUUGUCUCUGCCCUUGCUGAUUCUCGCUGUGAUAUUCGUAUUACUGCAUUGUAUGCCAUUACAGAUAUACUGAGCUCGGUCAAUGUGAUUGCGCCUAUUAAUGCAUUCAUAUUUCAUGAAUAUGUUUUUCCCGAAUUGCAACGUCUGUUGACGGACAGAGAAUUGAGAGUACGCGCAGCUUACGCUUCCUGUAUAUCGACCCUGGCGAAACACGCUUCGCGUUAUUUGAACAUGGCUCAGUCUUUGCGAAAUGCCGGUGUCCUCUCAUUUCCAGAAACGGCUUAUGACUCCGUUGAUCACGGAAAGGCCGAGCAACUUUUUGAAUCUGGUCGACAUGAGCUUUUGGUUACCGUUGAAUGGCAUGUUUCUACGCUAUUGGCAGACGCGUCUUCAGAAGUGCGGAGAGCUCUGCUCUCAUCACUGGCACCCUUGUGCAGUUUUUUUGGAAAAGCCAAAGCAGACGAUGUUAUGUUGAGUCACCUUAUUACGUACAUGAAUGACAGUGACUGGAUGCUACGGUGUGCCUUUUUUGAUAGCGUUGUCGGCGUGGCAGCAUUCGUCGGUGCUCGUAGCAUUGACGAGUAUGUUCUUCCACUCAUGCAACAAGCUCUGUUUGACGUUGAGCCGAAUGUGGUAGAAAGCGUGGUUCAUGCAUUUGCUGUGAUGCUGGAAUUAAAUCUAUUUCCAAAACUUGUCGUGCAAAAGAUUCUCCACUCCGUUAUGCCGCUAGUUAUUCUGCCAAAUCCAUAUUUGCGAAGAGCCGUUUUGGGCGUAAUGUUUGCCGCGUACAACAGCCAGGAUGAAAUCGAUCAGCAGUGUUUUGUGUAUCCAAUUAUAUCACCAUACUUGCUCUGUGACACGCCUGACAUUAGGGAUCAUGCACAGCUUGACUCCUUAGUCAUUCCAUCCAUGAGUUUGGAGGCAUGGAGAAUUCUUUUAGGGUGGCAUGCAAAGGCUGGCAAGGAUUCUCAGUUUUGGUCAAAAUCUGCUUUAGAUACGAAGCUUUCUUCAAAGCCUCAAACGCUGUUAGAACCCGGUGUGUACCAUUCGCCAUCCAAUUUACCUCCUUUGUCAUUGUCAGAUAAUCACUGGGUGUCAACGCUGCGAAAGUUUGGGCUUGCUGAAAAGCAUUUGUGGAUUGUUGCAAAUCUCAGGCCGUUGAUCAAGCAUGUGUCAUCUAGUACUGCUUGGACAGACCUGAACAUGAAACGAAUAAGAACAAACGUUCAGGAGCUUUCAAGCUUUCGCGGCUCUUCCGACACUUCCCCUGCUAUUGUUCCUGAGAUAGUAUUCUGGAAUACAGAGUCAUCAAGCGUGCUAGAUGACGAGCUUUCCAACACUUCCAUUCUUCGAGGAUCUUCUCGUGCUAGUUCCAGGACACAAAAACGAAAUAGUAUGCGGACCGCUUUGUCCGGCCCUGUUGUCGAUCCAUUUCUUCGUGUCGAUUCAGGAUCAGUUGUCAGUAUUUCUGACGCCGUUAAACAUUCUUCAUACAAAGGCAAUGAUCCGUUGGUAUUGAAAUGUUUGGAGAAACAGUAUCGUGAAACGUUAGCGGCUCAGGUUGAUCUUGGUCCUACGGUUCCUUCCCGUUUGACUAUGAAAGGAUCAUUGGAACAACAGCAGAACAAGGCAUAUCACAAAGAUCAGAAGCCGUCUCGUUGGCCUGAAGGAAGGCGGAUUUGGUGUUAUACCAAUACUCGAAACAAAAAUGCCCGUAUUCGUCAGGUGCUUGCCAGUCCGGACAGUACAUUUUUCUGUACCUUGGGAAAUGAUGGACUCGUUCAAUUGUGGGCACCGGUCGCGAAUAAUAAAAAGCUCGUUUCAUUCGAGUGUAAACUUUCAUAUCCGCACCAUGAAGGUCGCCAUCCAGGAAGCUCUCUGCCAUUUUCUCCCAUUGUUACCGGUUGUUUCGUUGGACCAAAGCACGCUUUGGCAACCAUUGCUGAGGAUUUAAGUUUUGAAAUCCACCGUUUUAAUGUUCAGACUUCGCGUCAUGUAUUUAUUCGUGAAGGUAAUCUGAAGGCAACUCUUCACACAAACGAAAGAGUCUUGCUCAUGCAGGCUGCUUCAAAUGAUGAUGACAUAGACGCAACGAUUGCUGUUGCAACUAGCCAUUCCCGAGUGCUUGUCUUUAAUGCUAGUCAACUUGCCUUGCAGUUCGAUCUGCAAAGUUCGCUUGAACAUGGACUGUUAUCGAGCAUGGCACUUGCGGCAAACGGUUCCUACCUCAUUCUUGGAACUUCUUUGGGCUAUAUUGACUUGUGGGAUCUACGAUUUCGUAUUAAAGUAAGGUCGUGGUUUGUUACCGCCCGUGUUGAUGCCAUACAGAUGGUUGGUUCUCUAGCAACAUUGGCAGAAGGAGAUGCAAAUAAUGAUGUCUCGAACACGCAGCUGUUGCUUGCUGUAAGUCGUCCACGGCCCAAAAAUCUACGGCCUUUUAACUCCCCUGUCACCGGUUCUGCAGCUGUCAUUGAGUUUGACAUUCGGACAGGAAAAACAAAGGCCAUUUAUCUCGACAGCUGGGACACCACUUUUCCGCUCCCCAUUCCAAUACCUUCCGUGGAUUCGUUCUCAUUAACCCCACAUUCUAUGGACUAUCUAAGUGAAUCACUAUCGCUGUACUCUUGGCCCUCAACUGUGCUUCCUCUGUAUGCCGUCCGCUUUUCAGCAGAUCAGCCAGUACCAACAGCAGUGGAUUUACUGCUUGUCAGUAUCGGAGGAAGUGGACGGAGCGUAUGCAUUUGGAACACUGCCGAUAUCGUAAACAGUGUGUGUUUGACACGCACUACGGAUUCAAGCAAGUGGGUUACUAUCAAGGAUACUGAUGCUAUGGAGACCCAAGGUAUACGAAUUCACUCGCGCGUUCCCAUGCAUUCGACAAACCGGCCGAGGUCGUCUGGUGCAUCGCGUUCACUCACAUUUCUUCGUGAACAAAAGCAAUUGCAACAGCAGGAAUUUGGCGUUUUUGCAAUCACCGGUAUUGCUAUUAUUAAUGAACCCUGUACCCUACUCCUUGUCGCUGAUGCUGGUGGAAAUCUCGAGUUAUGGACCUAA